AUGGAGAGGCUCCUCGUCGAACGCACGAGCCCUCAGGGGAGUGGAGCGAGUGUCGGAGUCACCGCAGGGCAGAUCAUUUGUACCACCAAAGUCUUUGUGGGAAACCUGCCCUACACUGUGACGUGGCAGGAGUUGAAGGACAGCAUGCGACAGGUGGGCGAAGUGGUCCAUGUGGAGCUCUUCACGGACCACGGAGAUCCCAAAGGUCGUUCCAAGGGCUGCGGUGUGGUGGAGUUUACAACCUAUGGCGCAGCACGACGAGCAGUUCAGUACAUGCACGACACCAUGAUUCAAGGUCGUCUGAUGUAUGUCCGGGAGUACUACGAAGACAUGAACGGACGGGGGCGAAGGUUCUGA